AUGGCAAUGGUCUCUGCGAUGUCCUGGGUCCUGUACUUGUGGAUAAGUGCAUGUGCCAUGCUGCUCUGCCAUGGAUCCCUCCAGCACACCUUCCAGCAGCACCACCUGCACAGACCAGAAGGAGGGACCUGUGAAGUGAUCGCAGCCCACAGGUGUUGUAACAAGAACCGUAUAGAGGAGCGGUCGCAAACAGUGAAGUGUUCCUGUCUACCUGGGAAAGUGGCUGGGACAACAAGAAACCGACCUUCCUGUGUGGAUGCCUCCAUAGUGAUUGGGAAAUGGUGGUGUGAGAUGGAGCCCUGCCUAGAAGGAGAAGAAUGUAAGACACUCCCUGACAAUUCUGGAUGGAUGUGUGCCACAGGCAACAAAAUUAAGACCACAAGAAUUCACCCAAGAACCUAACAGAAGCAUUCAUUAUAUAAAACAGGAAAAUACGUUGUGAGGAGGUGAAGUAUCUGACGAACUUGCAAGCCAAAUGGAUCUCUUAUUUGCACUUUGACUGGUUACCAGAUAAUCACAGUGCAUUUACUCUGUGAAACAAAGUAUCCCAUAAGAAGACUCGGGAUUUUCUGACAACAUCAUGGAAAAAUGGCUUAAAAAAAAAAAAAAAAA